CAUUUCUCCUGCGCCGUGACGUCACUGCCCGGCGCCGCGCGCACGUUGGCCGGGCCUUGGGCGGGCUUUCCGGGGGGCCACCAUGGCUAUGGCCAGUGACUUCUACCUGCGCUACUACGUGGGGCACAAGGGCAAAUUCGGACACGAGUUCUUGGAGUUCGAGUUUCGGCCGGACGGAAAACUUAGAUAUGCCAACAACAGCAAUUACAAAAAUGAUGUCAUGAUCAGAAAAGAGGCUUAUGUACACAAGAGUGUAAUGGAAGAACUGAAGAGAAUCAUUGAUGACAGUGAAAUUACGAAGGAAGACGAUGCCUUGUGGCCUCCCCCUGACAGGGUUGGCCGGCAGGAGCUUGAAAUUGUAAUUGGAGAUGAACACAUUUCUUUUACCACAUCAAAAAUAGGAUCUCUUAUUGAUGUAAAUCAGUCUAAGGAUCCUGAAGGUCUUCGAGUAUUUUACUAUUUGGUACAGGACCUGAAAUGUUUAGUUUUUAGUCUUAUUGGAUUACAUUUCAAGAUCAAGCCUAUCUAAACUGUAUGUUUUUGGAAAUUUUUGUAUUUAACUUCGGGGUGGGUAAGAAGGGGUAUGUCUUUUACAGUCGUCAGAUUUUUGUGAAAGUAAAACACACACCUUCUUUUGUAUGCAAACUGCAACUAAGGAACCUCGUAGGGGAAUUUCAUGGUUACCUUCAUUUGGGUCCAGUUGAGUUUGAUGGUUCCCAUGUGUGUCGGAUUCUGUAAAUAAAAGUCAGCUUUUGUUGAAAUUUUAUUCCAAUAAAGCACAUCAGUUGCUGAACUGAA